UACAUGCGGAAUCCAUCGCUGCUGCCGGUGAAGUCAUCGAAUCACCUCAUAAGAUUAUGCCAAAGCAUCAUCAUUCUCCAGUGCAUCAUCAUCAUCAUCCCGAUCCAGCAUGCAACGACCAUCUGGCGCACUCGAUCGACCUGGCUACGACUCUGCGCAGCGAGCUGGCCGCGUCCACCUACAAACGAGACCGCCUGAUGGCAGAGCUAUCCGACGCCAAAAGUACCCUAUGUGCAAAGGAAAACGAGUGUGAAGCCUUGCGAGCUCAAAGUGCUCGCCAAACGUCCCUCAUUAGCUCGCUUCAGCAACGGCUGUCAGCUUCCGAAUCCCGUGAGAAAACCCUCCACUCGAGGAGUGAAAGUGUUGUCGGCACUCUGAAUCGUGACAAGAAACAUCUGGAGGAUAAGCUGAAGGAGCUAUGCGCCAAGACGAGAAGGUUGGAGUGCGACCUGUCCAAGGAAGAAGGACACCGGGAUCAGGCAAGAGCUCACUUGCAAGAUUUGGUAAGGAGGUUGUGUCUCUGCCUGGGGAUCGACGUAUGCGAUGGUACCCAUCUCACACCGGAAUGCGUCCUGAACAAAGCCGGGGAAACGGUGGCCGAGUUGCAGAGGUUGCGGUCGAAGCUGGCAGGAACAUGUGAGCAUCUGAAUUCCACCGAAGCGGAACUCAUCACAAGCAAGACGGCUGCUUCGGCCGAUAAGACCCGGCUGCAGACGCAGAUCGAAGGGCUCCAGUCGCUGGCGCAGGGUUUGGAAACACGGUGCCGGCAAGCGGAAAGGGAUCUGCAGGUGACUCGCGAUCGGCUAGCGGAAAGUGAAGUCAAUGGGGAUAAGCUAAGAGAGGAACUCAGAGGUUUCGAGUCUCGGUGUUGUCGGCUUCAGAACAGCUGCGAUCGAUUGCAAACCGAGCGGUUACAGUUUUUACGAACGUUGGCGACGAUCAUCGGGAUUAAUGAACCUUGUGAGAAUAAUAUCCGGGAUAAGGUCCGGGAGAUUACGAACCACAACCAGUCGCUGCAUGAUCAAGCAGCACAACUCAAAGAAUCACUGCACCAGGAAGCAUCCCGCCAUCGAGAACAUCAGGAAAACACUACCUGCCGGUUGAAAAACGAAGAACAACACCGGAUGAGCGUCGAAGAGCGAUUGGAGAAGGCCUGUCAUGAGUUGCAGCAUCUUCGAGCGGAGCACACAACUCUCAGCGAGUACCUGGUCCGACUUGCCCGAGCUUUGUGUUGGAGUGAGUGUUCGGAACCCCCUGCCCCCGGCAGCGAUACCACCAUCCUGGGGGAAACACUGCUGGAGAGAGCCGAACGGCUAGCUACCCAUCAUGACCACCACGUGCAUGGAAUCUGUGAUAAGAACUGCUGGGAACUGGCCAAUCAUCACUCGCACUCCCACUCCCAUCACCACAGCCAUUUGCCAAAGUUGAGACGAGAACGUUCCUGCACCGAUCUGCCAAUGAAAGAAAGUACCGCACAGUACAAUUUGCAACGGAGGGUUCGCGUCCUCAGGGAACAGGUGCAACGGCGGGAUCUGCAUUUGGAGCUCCUCAGGCGCAAGAUUGCACUGCUCGAGGAUAAUGCUAGGGGGAAAACGAUGUUGCAAACGGAACGUGACGAAGCUGUUCACAGGGCGCGGAAGAAUUCGAAAAAUGCCGAAAGAACUGCUCAACAGCUGUGUGAAGUAAAGGCUCAGUUGUCGGAGGUGAAGACACAGCUGAACGAGGCUUCGGACUACAAAAUAACAGCCUUGGAACGGGCCCGGAAGUGUGACGAGCUGCAGGCACGUCUCUGUGAGCUGGAAAAUGAAAGGGAAAGAUUGGUUGGCCAAUUGGCAGCCUAUAAAUCCCGAGCACGAUCAGCGGUCGAAAGUUCCCAUGAGCGAAGGGUGCGUGACGAACAUGCUAUCACGCAUCUCCGCGAGGAGAUGUCUCGAAUAAAGUCACAACUAGCGGACACAAAUCACCGCCUGUCGCAGCUACAAGCGUUCCGGACUUCCGUGGCAAAAAUGCUGCAUCUGCGUGACAGUCCCGAUUCCGAGUUGCUGCACAAGCUGCAGAACAUGUGCAGUGCCCAUCAUCAAUGCACAUGCUUGGGUAGCAGACACUACGGUUCGACGUCACCGCUAGGGACGGCCGGCAGUGACCAUCAUUGUUCCCGGUACGAUGACAUUCAACCGGGGCCGUCUUCCAGCUGCAGGCCAUUAAGUUCCAGCCCGGUUCACACCCGGAGGUACAUCGAUUCGGGAUUCAAUGACCAUGAUCAUAAUUUCGACGACGACUUUGAUUUCGGGAAGAAAUAUUAAACUCAAUUUAAACU